AUGCCCCUCAGGUUGUGGCUUCAUCUCAACAACAGUGUUGUAGGGUCAGGUAAUUCAAAUUUUGAAGUAAGUGAGGAUAUUUUGAGAAAUGUGAGACAUUUAGAGCAAGAUUUUGACAAUAGUGGUAAUAUUGAACAAGAUCUAUGCAUCACCUAUAUGCGAGAACCUUUGCCAGAACUCACUACUGAACCACUUCUCCAGGGCCGAGCUGUGCUUUGCCGGCCUGCCGCCCAUAAAUGA